CACAGCGCUUGGAUGUCUGUCUCAUCGCACCUUGCCCCACAGCGUUAACUAGGCAAGCAAGCAAUACAGCAAAAGCAGCAGCGCACCACCACGAUUCAGGAUGAGCGCACCGGGCAGCGCCGCCGCAUCAGCGGGCGCCUCCACGCCGCUGCCCAGCACAGUGCUUGUGUCAAAAUACGGCAAGACAUUCUUCGACGAGGGCGGCAGCGGCAAAGUUCUCAUGUCCUUCGACUCACAGGGUAAUGGUUUUGCCAACCACCCGUCGGGGCACCCCGCGGUGACGACGACGGAGGUCGGCGGCUGCAUCUGCGACACCGACACUGACAUCGUGGAGGAGUGGGUCUGGCGCAAGCGCGACGGGCCGCGGACGCCCUUCGAGAUGAGGGUGGGGACGUCGUACACCCUUGUCCUGCGGGGGCGCCACGACUGUGAGGUUAUCUGCGGCAACGGGGCCCGCGUGCAGGUCGGCAAGCCCGGCGGCACGGCGCACGGCACGUACCUGGACCGCGUCGCCGAGCGUGGGCCUGGCGGGAGGAUCCUGAAGCUCCAGCUCCGGGGCAAGCACAACCAGACCCUGAUCGACCGCCAAAACGCCUCGCAGAAUCCUGAUGGCGGCGCCAAGCUCGCUCAAGUGCACGAGAAAUGCUGGAAGUUGCCGCCGAUGGGCAUGGCCGAGGCGCGCGUCAUCUCGCGGCGGUCGAACGAGGCGGAUUUGGCGCCCGUGCGCCAGAACGCGGACUGGAUCGAGGGGAUCAAGGCGGGCGGCGCGGUCAAAAAGGGCGAGACGAUCUGGAAGACGGGCAACGUCUUCAUAGAAACACCAACGCCUGCCGGCGCCGACGACGAGCUCAUGGCGACGUGGCGCGGCACGCUGAGAGGUUCUUUGCCACGAAAACUGUCAUAAGUAAGUUUAACCCC